GACGUGCGCUGUGAGGGAAGCGGCGCGGGGCGGUUGGUGUCGGCGGGCGGCAUGGCCAAGCAGUACGACAUGGUGGAGUGUCCCUUCUGCGAUGAGGUCUCCAAGUACGAGAAGCUCGCCAAGAUCGGGCAGGGCACCUUCGGAGAGGUAUUCAAAGCCAAACAUCGUCAGACAGGCAAGAAAGUAGCACUGAAGAAAGUGCUGAUGGAAAACGAGAAGGAGGGGUUCCCCAUCACAGCCUUGCGAGAGAUUAAAAUUCUCCAGCUGCUCAAGCAUGAGAAUGUGGUGAACCUCAUUGAAAUCUGCAGGACCAAAGCCUCUCCAUACAACCGCUGCAAGGGCAGCAUCUACCUUGUGUUUGAUUUCUGUGAGCACGACCUGGCUGGUCUCCUCAGCAAUGCCCAUGUCAAGUUCACACUCUCAGAGAUCAAGAAAGUGAUGCAGAUGCUGUUGAAUGGACUUUACUACAUCCACAGGAACAAGAUCCUGCAUCGAGACAUGAAAGCUGCCAAUGUCCUGAUCACACGGGAUGGAGUCCUGAAGCUGGCAGACUUCGGGCUGGCUCGAGCUUUCAGCCUGGCUAAGAACAGCCAACCCAACCGCUACACCAACCGCGUGGUGACUCUGUGGUACCGGCCACCAGAGCUGCUCCUAGGGGAGCGGGACUACGGUCCCCCCAUUGACCUCUGGGGUGCAGGCUGCAUCAUGGCAGAGAUGUGGACCCGCAGCCCCAUCAUGCAGGGGAACACGGAGCAGCACCAGCUCACCCUCAUCAGCCAGCUCUGUGGAUCCAUCACACCAGAGAUCUGGCCGAAUGUGGAUAAAUACGAGCUGUACCAGAAGCUGGAUCUCCCCAAGGGGCAGAAGCGUAAGGUGAAGGAUCGCCUCAAAGCCUACGUCAAGGACCCCUACGCACUGGACCUCAUCGACAAACUCCUGGUGCUGGACCCUGCCCAGCGCAUCGACAGCGACGAUGCCCUCAACCACGACUUCUUCUGGUCAGACCCCAUGCCCUCGGACCUCAAAAACAUGCUGUCCACCCACAACCAGUCCAUGUUUGAGUACCUGGCCCCGCCACGCAGGAGGGGGGGACACAUGCCCCAGCAGCCAGCCAACCAAGGCAGGAACCCAGCUGCCACCAACCAGACUGAAUUCGACAGGGUGUUUUGAGUGGGGGCUUCCACAGCAGGGUCCCAGCUGGACUACUCUGCAGGCUGCGUUGAGUGGGGGUGUUCUGGUGUGGGGUCUUUUUGUUUGGAGAGGACUUUUUUUUCUAGUUGAAGAACUGUUGGCUUUACCUAAGCUCUACCAUCUCUUCGUGCAGCAGCCCUGAGCUGUGUGACUUGGGGAGGUGAUGGCUGCAAGCCCAGCAAUGUUUCCCUGCAGCUUUGGCACAGAUCCCCCGUGCCCCUGCAGCUGUCUGUAUUGGUUACAUUAAUCUUGUGGAUUGAUUGUGAAGGACCUGGUGAUGGAGAAAGUGGCUCUGUCAGCACUGGAGCUCUUGUUGUGACUGGCAGGACUGGCAGUAGCUACCCUGGAUCAAGUUGGGCCUUACUGGGAGACAUCUCGGCUCUCUGGGUUGGUUGUGGCUCCUGCACCGUGUAGCCUUGAACAUUGAAGUGUUGCUGUAGGAUGAGGCAGGUGCCUUUAAGCAACUCUGAGGUGUCAUGGAGAAGGCAGAAUCACUCUGGACAAUGCAACUAACUCACUGGAGCUUGAGCUCUAGCCUAGAAAGUGGCUUGCUGGUCAAACAGGAGGGGUGUCUGGCAGAGCUGGUUACUCCAUACAGCCAGGAUUUACAGUGGGAAUCAUCAGUCUCUGAAACAGUACGUGGUGUCCACGCUUUCUUCAUUGGAAACUGCAAUCAGGAGUCUCCCUGAACACAGCCAGCCUGCUGCUGCUUCCCUGGAGUUUGGAUUGAGGAGUUGUGAGUGCUGGCUUCAUACCUGCAGUCUGCAGGGAUUUCAGGACAGUGUGGCCAUGCUGGGAGCAGAGUGACUCUUUAAACACUCGUGUCCACUCCUCUGGCCUGGAGUUCUUUGCACGGGUCUGGAUCAAGAGGGCUGCCUUCCCUGGAUGCAGCACCCACCCCGAUGUGCAGUGAUGGUGUGUGCACACCUUCUGAUGGACUCUGCAGAGCUGCGACUUGCUGAACACUUAUAGUCUUCCGUGGCUGUUGGCUGCAGCUGGCCAUCUUCUCCAUGAACUUCAUGGAUCCCAGGACAUGCAAACAAAUAAUGUGUACGGCAUCCAGCAGGUGAUAACCUUUGGCAGGAGAUGGGUUGUCCUUUAACCAGACGGAUGGCAAAAGCCACGUCGGUAGCUUGAGGUCUCAGGGGAAGAAGUGGUGGUGAGCGGGGCCGCUCUCAGGACAGAAAGUGAGGAUGAUAAAGGAGAUGUACAAG